GCCCCGGUGUGCGGUGCACCAGGCUAGGUUAGCACACAACUGCUACAUCCGGGCGCUCUGGUCGGUUUACAAGCCCUGUGAAGAUGGCGACUUCAGGGAGGAGUGCAUUAUUAUCCUCCACCUCAACUGGACUUAAGAGCACACUGGAGAACUCCAACCCAGAGGAGGAUGACGGACAGGACUUAUGGUCCACCAUCCUGAGUGAAGUGUCAACCCAUUCAAGAUCUAAGCUACCGUCUGGGAAAAAUGUCCUGGUUAUGGGUGAGGUGGGUUCGGGGAAGACAGCCUUGGUUGCAAAACUGCAGGGGGUUGAAGAGUUCAUGAAAGGGCGGGGCCUGGAAUACCUCUACUUCAGUGUCCAUGACGACGACAUUGAUGACCAAACUAGGUGUAAUGCCUGGGUGUUAGACGGAGACCUUUACCACAAAGGUCUGCAGGGAGUAGCUGUGCCAGUGGACUCAAUCGGCAACACGUUGCUGCUGAUAACAGUUGACAUGUCUCGGCCAUGGAACGCCCUGGACUCUCUCCAGAAGUGGGCCGCCGUCGCUAGGGAACACAUCGAUAAACUCCGGGUCGCCCCGGAAACACUGCGGGAGCUGGAGCACAGACUUGUAAAACAGUUCCAGGAGUACACAGAGCCAGGCAGUGGGGAGGAUGGCACCCUGCAGAGGAGGAGUGAAGAGGAGGAGAGUGUGCUGCUGCCGUUAGGAGACAACACACUCACACACAACCUGGGAAUACCAGUGGUGGUGGUCUGCACCAAGUGUGACGCCAUCAGUACAUUGGAGAAGGAGCACGACUACAGAGACGAACACCUGGACUUCAUCCAGUCUCACGUCAGACGUUUCUGUCUGCAGUACGGUGCAUCUCUGGUUUACACAUCAGUGAAGGAGAUGAAAAACCUGGACAUCCUGUACAAAUAUCUGGUCCACAGACUGUACGGCUUUCCCUUCCACUGCCCGGCACAAGUGGUGGAAAGAGAUGCUGUCUUCAUUCCAUCAGGUUGGGACAAUGAAAAGAAGAUUGCCAUACUUCACGAGAACUUUCAGACAGUAAAAGCAGACGACAGCUUUGAGGAAGUAAUAGUCAAACCGCCAGUCAGAAAGAUUGUACAUGAAAAGGAGAUUCAGGCAGAAGAUGACCAAGUGUUUCUGGUAAAACUGCAGUCGCUGCUCGCCAAACAGCCCGCUGUGACAGCAGGGCGACCAGUGGACACCACCAGUAGAGCACCCACUGGCUCCCCCAGGACGAGUAAUCGCUCCGCAGCGGCCAACGUAGCUAAUGCCAUGCCACAGUCGGGUCAGACUAGUGAGGGUGUGUUGGCCAACUUCUUCAACAGUCUACUGACAAAGAAAGCAGGGACAGGGGGGCCCGGGACGCCUGGUGGCGGUAACAACACACCAGGAACAGUACGCAAGUCAGGUUCAAAGCUGGGCCUAAGCGAUGUACAGGCGGAGCUGGACCGCAUAUCCAGCCGGGAGACCGACUCAGACUUGCCCAAUGCCAACGACACCCCUGCCCACGACGGCCAGGACACAUGAAGACCAACACACUUCACCCUGCUCUCCGUCUCUCCCCUAUCCACCUCAGUCACCUUCCACCUCCCUUGUUCUUCCUCCUUCCACUCCAUCACAAAGAUGUGGGGAGAAAGAGGGAUGUGGGCACACAGUUUUCCCUCCCCGUUUUCUCCUUUCACUUUCUCCUCAAGGAGAAAAACUCACCCUCCCUUCCCCUACCCCUUUUCCCAGACCUUGUUCUCCCUCCCCCCUCUUUUCUCCUCCUGGCUGUUGCGCUGAGGGCGAGUAUUUGUCACUGUUACAUACAAGACUGUCUGUUACAUGAGAGUAAAUGGGUAUGGGGGACCAAUGGGGGUGUGGAGGAGAAGAAUAAGGAGGUGGGUUGAAAAAGAUUGAUUACAGGAAUGCAAGUGAAGGUGUUUUGUCCAUCCAUUUCUUUGAGAACAAAGAGAUUGAGAACAAAAAAAAAACAUGCCUGAAACUAAA